GCGCAUGCGCGGUGGCGGCCGGAGCACGUGCGGCCUCGGCAGUGCCCGGCCGCCUCGGGCUCCGGGGCAGGGUCUGUGAGGAGCAUCCCAAAGGUGUGGUGGUGCCUCAGGACCUGCUGUCAUGGACGGAGAUGCGGAGUACAGCAAAGUUGAAGAUGUUGUGGGCUGCCAUGUUGAAGAUGCCGUAACAUUUUGGGCACAGGGUAUCAGUAGAUGUAAUGACCUCUUGAAAUUAAGUUGUGCGCUGGCAGAAGCUUGUCCUCGGGCUAAUGCAAUUUUUGGCAAGCCUGAUUUUAGCAAGAUUUAUGGUGGGUGUUUUUCUGAAGACAGAUGUUGGUACAGAUGUAUGGUACAGCAAGUGAUCAACAAUGAAAAGUGUCAGGUAUUAUACAUUGACUAUGGAAAUUCAGAGGUUCUAAAUAGAUCCGAAAUAGUUGAAAUUCCAGCAAACUUACAAUGUCCGAGCGUUGCCAAGAAGUACAGGCUCUGGGGACUGCGGAUACCAGCUGAUCAGAACUUAAACAUGUUUGACCAGGGGAAGAAGUUCUUGGCCAGCCUAGUUUUUGAAAAAGAAAUAAAAGUACGAGAGAAGGUCAAGCAGAAGGAUGGUAUCAUUAUUGUACAGGCAGAAUGUGAGAAAAUAGACAUUGGAGAAGAAGUGGCCAAGGCAGGGUUUGCUGAAAAAUGCCGAUCUCCAGGAAAUGCUGAAGAUGAGGAACGGAGAGAAGUAGAUGUUACGCAAAACCACCAUCAGAAGAUAAAAGUCCCGGUUCCCCUGUGGGUGAACAGGCCUGGUCGUGCCCUGUGCAGCCGUCCAAGUGGGCUCUUCGACCCAGUGUCUGCCAGCACAAGGAGUGAGAACAUUGCUGGGAACCGUAUGUUUGGCACAAAGGAAAAAACGCUAGGUUCAGCCCCAGUGCUUCACAGAAGUUUGGCACAAGUAAGACCAGAUCAGAAGCUGGCUGAAGAGAUUGAAAAGCUUCAAGCAGAGAAAGAAGCUCUCAGAAAGGAGAAUGUAAAUCUCUUGAGGAGGCAGAAGGAACUAGAGCUGCAAGUUCAGCAGCUGAAAGGUGAACUUCAGGGAGAGAAGGAAGCAUCCAGGCAAACUGCUGAACGUUUUGAGGAAACCUUCUGUAAUUACAUUGGAACAAAAAUGAGAAAUUUGGCUGCUAAUGUGAAAGUAUUGAAAGAAAUUAGGCACGCCAAAAAGAAUGCUGGCUUUGGGGAGCAGCUUUCACAAGCCAUAAAAGUGGUUACAGAAGGAUGUCUCACUGUUCCGUGUUCCUUGGAAAAACUUCAGAAGCUUUGGACAGAGUAUGACUUGGCUCAAGAGAUGAUUCAAUUAUGCAAAAACGUGGAUGAAAGAGAUGAAUUGAUAAUCAAGAGAAAUGAGGUGCAACAGAAGCUGUACUCUGCAGUUAAUGAAUUUAUUUCAGAAGUGGAUCAGCUGUUCCUCUCUGAGCGCUCAAGAAUGUUGCAGGAAUUGUCUGUUUCUCUGGAGAUGGUUUAUGGUCAAGUUUGUGAAGUGAAUGACUCUGAGGAGGUGUUUCAACAGUUCUUUAAAUGGAAGUGUGCUGAAAUGGAGGAGUUCGUUCACAUCAGAAAUGAUACAGAUGCUGCUUUGCAAAUUCUCAUUGACUUGUUCCGUGGUAUCGUAAAGUGUUUUGACCUGUCAUCAGAAGCAUCUUCAGAUUUAGAGGAAGUGGCUGUCAAUGUGGAUGAAGUUCUCAAAAACGUUGAGAUGAGUAUUUGCAAAGAACUGAAGACUGACUUAACAGAACACGCUGAGGUGGAGAAGGGAAUAAUUAUGAGUGCAUACAGUAAAGUUGUGCAUAAAGUUCGUCAAGAGCAGGAUCUGAUCACUGUCAUACAGAACAGAUACUUGGCCAGCAUUGAGUUCAAAAAACAAGCUGAGGAGUGGCUGAAUAAAAGUCCUAAUAUUGACAAGUUAUUAUCAAUUAAAAAAACUGUGAAAAGCUUGAAGGCCCAUUUAAGAUGGAAACUGGCAGAAAAGAACAACCUCGAGGAAUCUGAUGAUUGCAGUGAGCUUGAAAUGAGAAGAAUAAAAGAGGAAAUUGCCGCUCUGCGAAAUGGGGUUCUUCAGGAAAUAUACAAGGAACGUGAAGAAUAUGAGAAACUUUCCUUCUUGGUACAGAAAUGGUUCCCUGAGUUGCCACUUCUUUAUCCAGAAGCAGGAAUUCUAAGCUAUAUGAAUUCAGGUGGACUUCUGUCGCACAGCCUGGAGCGAGAGCUUUUAGAUGCUGAGCCCAUGAAGGAGCUGAGCACAAAGCGGCCGUUAGUGUGCUCGGACAUUCAGGAUCAGAAGGUUCUUCUAAAGGGAUACUCUGUAGAUGUGAGCUCAGAAGGCAAAGUGAUUGAAAGAGUUGCCAAGUAUCACAGGGCCUGGAAUCAACAAAAGGAGAAAUCUGGCUUAUUGCAACUGUUGUUUCUUCUUUUCUGCAAGUCUGAUCCUCUGGUGUAUUUAAUGGUCCCAUACUACCCAGGGGCAAGUCUGCAAGCUUUACAGGCUGAUACACCUCUGACUUUACAAGAGGCACUAAAAGUGAUGAAAGGAGUUGCCCAAGGUCUGCAAACGUUGCAUGGAGCUAAUAUAGUACAUGGAUCUCUGCAUGGAAAUAACAUUUUUGCUGUGAAUCGAAAACAAGGAAUCGUUGGAGACUUUGAUUUCACUAAACCAGAGGAACAACGUGCUGUUGCAAGCACGAUGGUUGUCAGUUCCCUGAGCUUAGUUUCUCCUGAACUGAAGAUGGGACAGCCAGCUUCUCCAGCCUCUGACAUGUAUGCUUACGGCUGCCUUCUGUUCUGGCUUUGCAUUCAAAAUCAGGAAUUUGGCCUGAAAGAAGAUGGAACACCAGAGGUGGAUGCAGUUGGCAUGGAUGAUAAAGUUAAAUCUCUUCUUCGGAAUUUGUUCUGCUGUAACAGACUGACAGCUGAGCAGGUGCUGGGAGAUGAUUGCUUCCUCUUAGUUGGUGCGAUUCCAGAUUCGUCACAACCAGGUGAAGAGCAUGUGCCACACAAGGAGCAUGAUUCUGAGAUGAUGGAUAAAAAGGAAGAUGCAAUUAAAAUUAACUCUGAGGAGAAUGGGAUAAACCCUACUCCAGGAGAUAAGGAACUUGUCCAUGAUGUGUUUGAUUGAAACUUCUGUUUAUUUUUAAAAUCAGUUGUCCUGAUUUGAAGUCUCAGAAUGUAGGAAGUUGGGUGUUUUGUUUUGGGAAGUCAUGUUUUGGGAUUACAUAACCUUAACUGCAUUUUCUUCAGAGUACAUUUGAUUCUAAAGAAGAGUUCAGAGAUACAAGUGUGGUGUUCCUGAUUGUGUUCUUACUUUGUCAGUCUUUUUAAUUUGUCUGUUAUGCAGGCUUUAAAUUCACAUGAUAUAGUCAUAUUAGAUGCCAGAAGUAUUUAAGAUGAAGCUGUAGUGACUCACUUCUGUAUCCAGUCUUCUAUCCCCCUUCUUGCUGCAACUGUAGGUUAGAUGCUCCUGUUAGAGAUGCUCUAGGGUAUUACCUUCCUAGUUGCAGGUUACUCAGUACUCAGGGUGUUCUACGGCAACUGCCUCCAAGAUUCAAGAAGAAAAAACUCUGACAACUGGUCAAGGAAAUGGGGAGCAGGCUGCCGCUCUUCUGUUUCUCUGCAUUUGCAAAAGGCAAUUGACUUUCAGGAGAGCAUCAUUUCAGUUGCUCUUUUGCAGUGCUGCUGUGCUAACCAGAAUGCUAUACACAUGCAUGUUGCAAAAAUUACUUUUUAUCUGUCUAUUCUACAUAAAUGUGUGUCUGUAAAUCUGUUCUCAUUGUUCACAGUAGCUAUAAAAAUGCCACUUUGAGUGGGUUUGCCUACUUACUUUCCUGUUAACGUUGCCAUUGAAAGAGUUUUGUCAGGUCUUUAUUUCUACAGGAAAUUGUUGUUUAUGAAGCUUUUCUUUUAUCAGAAAAAAAAAUGGUUAAAAUGUUCGGAGUUGCUGUAGCAAUAUAUUUAGCCUCUGGGUGUUGCUCUUGGACAGUGCUGUUGGCAGACUAGUAUUUUGUAGAGCAAUUACUAAAGCUGCACACUGUUAGAUGAAGAAUGUAGAAAUCCAGUAUGUAAUGGACGAGACCCAGCAGUAGGGAAACCUCAGGUACAACAGCAAUUGGCAGUGGGUA